AUGGAACAAAUAAAACUAACAACUAUUUCAGCAAGACAUUCAGAAGGAGAUUCUGAUGAGGAGUUCGCAUCGCUUCCACCUUCCUUAUCAACACUAACCGUAAGUGAGCAUUCCGAGACGAUAGACGACAAAGAAUGGCUUCUUAAAAAUAAGCAUAUUUCUGCCGAAGGUUUUUCUCGAAGAAGUGGAGAACAUGCAGGGGAGGAAUUAUGUGGUCUAGUUCCUGAAAGUCGAAGAGGGAAUUUGAAAUAUGAUAAUUCGGAAUAUAUAUUAAAAAUGUGCGCGAUGGCUUGUGCGUGUACGUUUGGUGUCGGAAGUCAUUUUGCUUCACAUAUUAUUGGACCUAUGAAGGGGAUAUUAAUGGAGCAACUUGAUCUCACGAAUACUCAAUUCUCACUAUUGAUCGCAUCAAUUACUCUAUGUAAUACGGUGAUACCAAUAGUUUCAGGUCUUCUUGUAGCAAAAUUUGGAACUACUCGUAGCUCUUUAGUUAUAACAUCAAUAAUAUUAUUGGGUAUGAUUAUUUUCACUGCCGCAAGUUGGGAUGGUAAAGUUGGAUUUAUGAUGGUUGGAUUUACCGUUUUCGGCAUGGGUUUGGCACCUUUAACAAUCGUUCAAGAAACAAUUAUUGCCUCAUUUGUUGCUACCGUGCUAGCCGUUCCAUUAUCCUUAAUGGAGCCACUUAAAUAUCGUACACCUUUCAUAGUGGCUACUAUCACAUGUGCAAUGUCAUGGAUUAUGAACAUUGUAUACGUGUUUUUAUUAAAACACGCUGACAAUAGGAAAAAUCAUAGGAGGGAAGGCAUUGCAAUUCAUUCGGUGGUGGAAAAGAAGACUGUUCAUUGGAAUGCUAUAUUUGAUUUGUCGGAUAUUUUUUGGUUUUUUUUGGUUGUGGGAAUUCUAUUUGGAGCUGCAAUUUCUCCUUUCCUUCAUCUAUCAAGUAACAUCAUUAAACAUCGAUUUGACACAACGGAUAUGUUUGCCGCGUGGGAUUCUUCUAUAAUAUUAUUACUACCAGUAAUUUUAUACCCUUUUUUGGGAUUGUUCUUGGAUAAAUAUGGUUUUAGGUUGUGGAUAUGCAUAACUAUAACCUAUUUAUUAUUACUUUUACCGCCACAUAUGAUACAUCCAUUUCCACCUUUAUUCAUUUUCGCUGUGGCUUUCGCAGCAGUUCCACUUACCAUGGUCACCCUCAUUCCAAUGCUCACAAAACAUGUUUCCACUGGUCUCGGACUUCUUAAAAGUGUGGAUAAUAUUGGUGCGACUCUUUGUCAAACUUUUGCUGGAUUAUUGCUAGAUGAGCAUAAAAGACGUAAAAAAUACAUAAUUGAUGAUAAAGGUAUAGAGUAUGGUCAUGAGGAUGAUGAUCUGGUGGCUUUAAGGAUGUUUGCCAUCUUAGGUGAAGAAACAUCAUUUGUUAAAGUUGAAUAUAACGAGAAAAGGAAAAAGACUAUUGUUUAUAUGAGUAUUUUAUGUGUGAUGUUGAUCAUAUGUUGGACUGUUUUUGGAGUCGUCGCAUUCGAAAAAGCUGGAAUAAGUGCAUCAUCGGAAUAA